AUGACUAAACUCGACUCGAAGAGUGCGCUAACAGCAGGAAAGAUGAAGAUGCCUAUUGUGGGUCUAGGCACCUGGCAGUCCACACCGGAAGAAAUUGAAAUCGCUGUGAACGCAGCUAUCGAUGCAGGUUACAGGCACAUCGACACAGCGCAUGUCUAUGCCAACGAAUCUGCCAUUGGAGCGGCGCUGAAGAAAAUUUUUGACAGUGGAAAAAUCACUAGAGAAGAACUAUUCAUCGUCACAAAGUUACCAUUCAGUGGCAACAGAGCCGAAGAUGUUGAACCUUUUAUUAAAAAGUCACUGGAAGAGUUACAGCUUGAUUAUGUAGAUUUAUAUUUGAUUCACUUUCCGGCUGGGCUUGUCAAUAAGGGUUUCGAUAACUUGUUUCCUACGGAUGAAAAAGGGCAGCUCUUAAUGGACAAAAGUACAAAUAUUUUAGAAUUGUGGAAGGGCAUGGAAGCACAAGUCGAUGCAGGACGAACUAAAAGUAUUGGUAUAUCCAAUUUUAACCAAAGCCAAACUAAACGAAUUCUCGACAACUGCCGCAUUCCUCCCGCAAAUAUUCAAGUAGAAUUACAUGUUUAUCUCCAGCAGAAAGAGUUGGUGUCUUUCUGCAAAAAGAAUGGUGUGACUGUAUGUGCCUAUGCUCCAAUUGGCUCACCUGGGCACAAGAAUUUGCUAGAAAAACAAGGAUUUUCUACUGAAGGGUUGAAAGUUAUUUCUCCUCUGGAAGAUCCUGUAAUUAAAGAAAUCGCAAAGAAGUACAACAAGCAGCCUUCACAAGUCUUAUUGAGGUACCUCAUUGAAUAUGGAGUUGCUGUUAUACCAAAAAGUAUUAAUCCAGAGAGGAUCAAACAAAAUUUUGAUGAAUGGACAACGUACUGCCAGUAUUGCGAUCCCCAGACCAAGGAAUUGAUAACCUGCAGAGCCGGCUGUUACGUUUGUUUCCCUCAAAUCUCUACCAGUUCUUUAACCAAGAUGACUAAACUCGACUCGAAGAGUGCGCUAACAACAGGAAAGAUGAAGAUGCCUAUUGUGGGUCUAGGCACCUGGCAGUCCACACCGGAAGAAAUUGAAAUCGCUGUCAACGCAGCCAUCGAUGCAGGUUACAGGCACAUCGACACAGCGUAUGUCUAUGCUAACGAAUCUGCCAUUGGAGCGGCGCUAAAGAAAAUAUUUGACAGUGGAAAAAUCACUAGAGAAGAACUAUUCAUCGUCACAAAGUUACCAGGCAUUGGCAACAGAGCCGAAGAUGUUGAACUUUUUAUUAAAAAGUCACUGGAAGGGUUACAGCUUGAUUAUGUAGAUUUAUAUUUGAUUCACUGUCCGGCUGGGCUUGUCAAUAAGGGUUUCGAUACCUUGCAUCCAACGGAUGAAAAAGGGCAGCUCAUAAUGGAUAAAAGUACUAAUAUUUUAGAAGUGUGGAAGGCUAUGGAAGCACAAGUCGAUGCAGGAAGAACUAAAAGUAUUGGUAUAUCUAAUUUUAACCAAAGCCAAACUAAACGAAUUCUCGACAACUGCCGCAUUCCUCCCGCAAACAUUCAAGUAGAAUUACAUGUUUAUCUCCAGCAGAAAGAGUUAGUGUCAUUCUGCAAACAGAAUGGUGUGACUGUAUGUGCCUAUGCUCCAAUUGGCUCACCUGGGCACAAGGAUUUUUUAGAAAAACAGGGACUUUCGGCUGAAGGGUUGAAAGUUAUUUCUCCUUUGGAAGAUCCUGUAAUUAAAGGAAUCGCAAAGAAGUACAACAAACAGCCUUCACAAGUCCUAUUGAGGUACCUUAUUGAAUAUGGAGUUGCUGUUAUACCAAAAAGUAUUAAUCCAGAGAGGAUCAAACAAAAUUUUGAUAUUUUCGAUUUUGAGCUCACAAAAGAAGAAUUUGAAAAAAUCAGCGGAUUGGACCGAGGAGAAGAUGGAAGGAUGUUUGGCGGCAGAAAAAUUAUUGGCUACUUCAAUCUUUUAGAAACUCAUCCUGAAUUUCCCUUCCCAAAAUAA